CAGCGCACUGCAGUGAGCAGUCUGCAGCCAUUAAACUCUUUUUGCAAUUCCUAACUUUUACCCAAAUCUAUAAUCGAAAACUAGCACAAAAAAAAAGUUUAGAGAGAUCAGUUACUCUCUAACAAUGGCAGCACCAUCAUCCGAAUCCAGUGUACCACCCAAACCAACGGCGGCACCAAAACCAUCAUCUUCAUAUUUACCAGACGACUUAUGGGAACACAUCUUCAAACUACUCAACAACGGCCACCACCGCACCCUCCAGCCUCUCACCACCGUCUCAAAACAGUUUCUCUCCAUCACCAACCGUCUCCGAUUCUCCUUCAAAAUCACCGGUAAAACCAUCCCUUCCCUUCCUCGCCUCUUCCACCGCUUCCCUAACCUCACCUCCCUCGACCUCACUCCUCUCCCCCAAACCCUCAACAUCGACGCUCUUCUCAUCCAAGUCGCAUCUCUUCCAUACGACCUACGAUCCUUAUCCUGCAACAACAUGCCGGUAAACGGAUUGUUAGCUUUAUCCAAAACGAUGAAGAAUUUGACCUAUUUCUCGUGUUCCAGAAUGCCUUUCAUCAACAAGAAUCACCUUCUUUUCGUUGCUUAUUGUUUUCCUUUACUCGAAGAACUCAAUCUCACUUUUCCCUCUGUUUCUAGGGUUUCUGAUUUUGUGCUCGAUGAUAAUCUGUUGUUGAAAUUCCCUAAACUCAGGAAGAUUAAUUUAUCUGGUAAUAAUAUCAGUUCCGAGUUUUAUAACCAUGUGUGGGAGUGUUGUGAACUUCUUGAAGAGUUCGUCAUGCAUAAUUAUAUUGUAAAGAAGUUGCCAAUAGUUGUUAAGAGGAAAUUAACAUGAUGUCCGCCGCGUAAUGGUGCGAUAACGGCCGUACAGGUGUUGUUGCGAUACUGAUUGUGGUCGUAGCAGUGGGAAUUAAUUAACCACAAUUUCUUUUUCAACAAUGAACAACUGUAUCGACGAUACUAGCAUUUCCAAUACCAUUUUGUCGCGUUGUUUUCACGUACAUCUUGCACACCCUCAAAAACGACCCUGUUUACCGGUGUCUAUUGCGGAGGGGUGGUUCACAGGAAACUUUAAAGAGUUAGUUGGAGGUGGAAGAUAUACUAGUUUUUGGUUGGAUUCAAGGUUGAGGAGCUGUGUCUGGGCUUGAGGGUAUUGGAAGCGAGUGUCUUCGAUUGUUUUUUACUCGUUUUCAUGGUUGCUACAGAUGUACGUUCAUUCUCAUGUUUUGCUGCUAGUGUAGAUAGUUCAUAUAUCAGUUUGGUCAAAUCUGUGAGCUACUGUUUCUAGUGCACCAACAGAUUGCUAAGGGUGCUCUGGGUUGUGUUUGGGUCAAUCCAUUCUUUUGAUUUGCUUAGAAAAUGUAUAUCACAUGUUGCCUUGAUUUGGUUGUUUAAAGUUAUAUUCAGUGAGUUUUAAAUGUACUGUGUUGAGUGCAUAGAAAAUUUUACUACCUUAGGUAGAGAAGAUCAUUGGAUUUAGAAACUACUUCAAAUUGGUUUUAAAUGUACUAUAUAUUCUUUGA